UUGUUUUUCUGCUUUCAGCUUUACGUCAGGGGCUACGAAAGUGCACAGACGGUAUUUUCACGCUGGGACUAUGACAAAUCCUUACUAUCUGAAACUGAGGAAGAAAGAUUCAGAUAUCUCUUCCAAAAAAUGAUUGUCCUCGAUUAUAUCAUACGGAACACAGAUAGGCACAUGGACAACCUAUUGAUCAGGCAUGUCCCUGGAAAAGUGAUCGAAUUGGCAGCCAUUGACAAUGGCCUCGCAUUUCCUGUGAAGCACCCAGAAUGCGUGAGCCGAUUCAGGACAUUUCCUUUUAGGUGGACAGAAUAUCGAUGGGCACAACAGGUGAGCCAUUUUACGAUAAUGUUCUGCUACACAGCCAAAAAUAGGAACUCGCACAACCCUAGCAACUCAGGUGAAACUAUAUCGACUGUGUGA